CUCGUAUCGGUGACCACCUUGCAUUUCUAAGAAAAUAGACGAUAUUUGUCUUUCACGAUACUUGUAAAAUGGGCUUCCUCUGGUUUGAGGAUGGCACCGUUAUUCCAGGAAAACUGUUUGGUGCUCCAGUUUCCGUCGAAGGAGAACUCGUGUUCCAGACCGGUAUGGUGGGUUACACGGAGUCGCUUACAGAUCCUUCCUACCACACUCAAAUUCUAGUGCUCACGUAUCCGCUGAUCGGAAAUUAUGGCGUGUUCCACGACGAGAAAGACGAAAACCAUAUCUCAUACUGGUUUGAAUCGCAUCGGAUUUGGGCCGCGGGCCUGGUGGUCGGUGAAAUAUGCGAAACUCCGAGUCAUUGGCGGAGAACGAAAACACUAUCCGAAUGGAUGAAAGCACAGAAAAUUCCUGGCAUAUGCGAAGUAGAUACUAGAGCUUUAACGAAAAUUAUUCGCGAAAAGGGCAAUAUAUCGGCCAGACUCGUGGCGAGUGAAACGCCACAGCUCUUGACAGGGAGACUCUCCCCUAUUAGUAUUGCGAAUUCUAACGAGUUGAAUCUCGUGGAGCAAGUUUCUAAGUCCAAGAAAACGUUAAAUGCCGAUGGUCAUCCUCGUAUAUGCGUGGUGAAUUGUGGUUUGAAGUACAACCAAUUGAGGUGCUUGAUUCGCCGAGGUGCUCGCGUGGACGUCGUUCCGUGGAAUUUCGACUUUAACAAGAUCGAGUACGACGGUUUAUUUCUCAGCAAUGGACCAGGGGAUCCUAGCAUGUGCAAAGCGACGGUGAACAAUAUUCGCAGUUGUCUCAAUUCGCGCAGUACAAAACCGAUUUUCGGCAUAUGUCUUGGCCAUCAGUUGCUUUGCAUCGCAGCCGGUUGCGUUACAUAUAAGAUGAAGUACGGUAACCGAGGUCACAAUUUACCUGUCACUCAUCACGGGACCAAACGUUGUUUCAUGACAUCGCAAAAUCAUGGAUUUGCGGUCGAUGCUAGUCAGUUGCCAGCCGAUUGGGAACCUCUAUUCACCAACACCAAUGAUAACAGCAACGAAGGCGUCGUGCACUCGAGCAUGCCUUACUUCUCGGUUCAGUUUCAUCCGGAGCACAAUGCCGGCCCUGAAGAUUUGGAAUGCCUAUUCGACGUGUUCUUAGAGGCUGUGAAGGAGAGUGUAAAUGAGAAACCGAGUAUGUCUAUCAAGGAGAGGCUGAACCAAAGGUUGACUUUCCACGUUGAUAACCCUGGUAUCGCUGUUCGACCGAAGAAGGUGCUGAUUUUGGGAUCGGGCGGUCUCAGUAUUGGUCAGGCGGGCGAGUUCGAUUACUCUGGAUCGCAAGCUAUCAAAGCGCUGCGAGAAGAAUGCAUACAAACUCUCCUCAUCAAUCCCAAUAUCGCUACCGUUCAAACGUCCAAGGGCAUGGCCGACAAAGUCUAUUUCUUGCCGAUUAUACCAACAUACGUGGAGCAGGUAAUACAAUCGGAGCGUCCCGAUGGCGUACUUUUGACGUUCGGCGGUCAGACUGCCCUCAACUGCGGCAUCGAGUUAGAAAGGAAUGGAGUGUUCGAAAAGUAUAACGUGAAAAUCUUGGGAACGCCUAUACAGUCGAUCAUAGAAACCGAAGACAGGAAGAUCUUUACGGAGAAGAUCAGUGAGAUCAACGAGAAGGUUGCACCAAGUGCCGGGGUGUUCUCUAUUCAAGAGGCAUUAGACGCAGCCAAGAUAUUGGGUUAUCCCGUCAUGGCUAGAGCAGCAUUCUCCCUUGGAGGUCUGGGGUCCGGGUUCGCGAAUACAGAGGAAGAAUUGAAGAUUCUGGCGCUGCAAGCUUUCUCUCAUUCGAACCAACUGAUCAUCGAUAAGUCGUUGAAGGGUUGGAAGGAAGUCGAGUACGAGGUCGUCCGUGACGCGUACAACAACUGCAUCACGGUCUGCAACAUGGAGAAUGUCGAUCCCCUCGGCAUCCAUACCGGUGAAUCGAUCGUCGUUGCUCCGAGUCAAACUUUGUCCAACAAGGAGUAUAAUAUGCUUCGAACGACGGCUACCAACGUCAUCAGGCAUUUCGGUAUCAUCGGCGAAUGCAAUAUCCAGUACGCGCUGAACCCGAACUCCGAAGAAUACUACAUCAUCGAAGUGAACGCACGAUUGUCCCGAAGUUCGGCCCUAGCCAGCAAAGCAACCGGAUAUCCGCUGGCUUACGUGGCUGCUAAGUUAGCUCUUGGUAUUCCGUUGCCAGACAUCACUAAUUCCGUCACCGGGAAAACCACGGCAUGCUUCGAACCUAGCCUCGAUUAUUGUGUCGUCAAAAUACCAAGAUGGGAUCUCGGCAAAUUUCACCGAGUCAGCACAAAGAUUGGUAGUUCUAUGAAGAGCGUAGGGGAAGCGAUGGCGAUCGGUCGCAAAUUCGAAGAAGCUUUUCAGAAAGCUCUGAGAAUGGUCGACGAGAAUACUAACGGUUUCGAUCCUUACGUGAAAGCUCCUAAUGACGAGGAAUUGGAAAAACCGACUGACAAGAGGAUGUUCGUCCUUGCAGCUUCUAUGAAGGCUGGCUACACGAUCGAUCGAUUGUACGAUUUGACGAAGAUCGAUCGUUGGUUUCUGCACAAGAUGAAGAACAUUAUCGAUUAUUACACUCUGUUGGAGUCCAAUGACCUCACGAAAUUGUCGCACGACCUUUUGCUGCGGGCGAAGCAAAUCGGAUUCUCGGACAAACAAAUCGCCGCGGUGGUUAAAAGCUCGGAGCUGGCGAUUUGGAUACAGAGACAGGAGAGAAACAUAUGGCCAUGGGUGAAGCAAAUAGACACGGUGGCUGCAGAGUGGCCAGCCAUGACCAAUUAUCUUUAUUUAACUUACAACGGUACUACGCACGACGUGGAAUUUCCUGGUGGAUACAUGAUGGUAAUCGGUUCCGGCGUGUAUCGUAUUGGCAGUUCAGUGGAAUUCGAUUGGUGCGCCGUGAGUUGUCUGCGCGAAUUACGAAAUUUAGGAAAGAAGACCAUCAUGGUCAAUUACAAUCCGGAAACGGUCAGCACCGAUUACGACAUAUGCGAUCGAUUAUAUUUCGAGGAGAUCUCCUUCGAAGUUGUGAUGGGUAUUUACAACCACGAAUGUCCGGAAGGUAUCAUCCUAUCCAUGGGCGGGCAAUUACCGAACAACAUCGCUAUGGAUCUUCACAGACAGCAGGCCAGGAUACUCGGGACGUCGCCAGAGUCCGUGGACGGUGCUGAAAAUCGUUUCAAGUUUUCACGCAUGUUAGACGGUAUUGGAAUUUCACAGCCUAGGUGGAAAGAACUGACAAAUUUGAAGUCUGCCAUCGAGUUCUGCGAGGAAGUCGGUUAUCCCUGUUUGGUCCGUCCUUCUUACGUGUUGAGCGGCGCCGCGAUGAACGUGGCUCACUCACACCAGGAUCUCGAGUCCUAUUUAAAGAGCGCCAGCAAGGUGAACAAAGAACACCCUGUGGUUAUAUCGAAGUUUAUUCUCGAGGCGAAGGAAAUAGACGUGGAUGCGGUUGCCUACGAUGGCGUUAUACUUUGCAUGGCGGUUUCGGAACACGUUGAAAAUGCCGGUGUCCAUUCCGGCGACGCCACUCUAGUUACUCCGCCGCAGGACAUCAAUGCCGAAACCUUGACGAAAAUAAAAAUCAUAUCGAAAGCCGUUGCCGCGUCCCUCUGCGUAACGGGUCCUUUCAACAUGCAACUAAUCGCCAAGGACAAUGAGCUGAAAGUGAUCGAAUGCAACGUCCGGGUAUCAAGAUCGUUUCCUUUCGUUUCGAAAACGUUGGAUCACGAUUUCGUGGCUAUGGCCACGCGAUUGAUCGUUGGAGAGCCCGUCGAUCCUGUCGACAUCCUCGCUGGUUGUGGCAAAGUCGGUGUUAAAGUCCCGCAAUUUUCCUUCUCGCGUCUUGCUGGUGCUGACGUUAUGCUAGGCGUAGAGAUGGUUUCAACGGGAGAAGUCGCUUGUUUCGGGGAUAAUCGGUACGAAGCUUACUUGAAGGGAAUGAUGAGCACCGGUUUUCACAUACCGCAGAAAGGAAUCCUGCUUUCGGUGGGAAGUUUCAAACAUAAAAUGGAAUUGCUACCGUCUAUUCGCAGUCUUUGCAAAAUGGGAUACAAAUUGUACGCGAGCAUGGGAACCGCAGACUUUUACACCGAGCAUGGGGUCAUGGUGGAACCAGUACAAUGGACGUUCGAGAAUAUCAGCAUGAACGAAGAUUCCAGUCCGAGCGAACUUCGUCAUUUGGCCGAUUUUCUUUCGAAAAAACAGUUCGAUCUUAUAAUAAAUUUGCCAAUGCGGAACGGUGGUGCACGACGAGUCUCCAACUUUAUGACGCACGGAUAUCGUACGAGAAGACUCGCUGUCGAUUAUUCCGUUCCAUUGGUCACGGACGUCAAAUGCGCGAAAUUACUCGUCGAAGCUAUGAGGAUGCUUGGCGGUCAUGCACCUCGCAUGAAAACCCACACAGACUGCGUAUCGUCGCGAACGAUGAUCAAACUUCCUGGUCUCAUCGACGUCCAUGUGCACACGCGCGAUCCUGGCGCGGUUUACAAAGAGGACUUCGCUUCCUGCACCGCUGCCGCUCUCGCCGGAGGCAUCACGAUGAUCUUCGCGAUGCCAAACACCACUCCAGCAGUCGUCGAUCAUCAAUCAUUCUCCCUGGCCAAGGAGCGCGCUGUGUCUAACGCGAGAUGCGAUUAUGGGAUUUUUGUCGGUGCUUCGUCGGACAAUUACAGUAUAACGCCGGAAUUGGCGCCAUUGGCAGCUGGACUGAAGAUGUACCUGAACGAGACGUUUACGACGCUCCGAUUAACCGAUCUCACCGUAUGGAUUAAGCACUUUCAAAGUUGGCCGAAGAAGUAUCCCCUUUGCGUGCACGCGGAGGGUCAAACGACAGCCGCCAUCCUCUUGCUGGCCGGAUUGCACAAUCGACCCAUCCAUGUCUGUCACGUGGCGCGAAAGGAAGAGAUUCAAAUCAUACGCGCCGCUAAAGAGAAAGGAAUGGCGGUCACUUGCGAAGUCUGUCCUCAUCAUUUGUUCCUCUGCGAGGAGGAUCUCGAACGCAUCGGUCACGGACGAGGUCAAGUGAGGCCGGAAUUGGGAACUAAGGAAGACCAGCAAGCUCUUUGGGAAAAUUUGGAUGCGAUCGAUUGCUUCGCGACGGAUCACGCGCCGCAUACGAUACAAGAGAAAUCCAGCGAAAAGCCGCCACCCGGAUUCCCCGGACUCGAAACCAUGCUUCCGCUUUUGCUUACCGCCGUUCACGAAGGAAAAAUAACGAUGGAAGACGUGGUAGAUAAACUCUACAGAAAUCCGAAACGGAUCUUCAAUAUACCGGAUCAGCCGAACACCUACAUCGAGGUCGAUCUGGACGACGAGUGGGUUAUUCCGAAAGCCAUGCCCUUCAGCAAAUCUAAGUGGACGCCGUUCGCGGGGACAAAAGUUCGCGGAACUGUUCAUAGAGUUGUUCUCAGAGGAGAGGUCGCUUACGUUGAAGGACAGGUCCUGGUGAAUCCUGGCUUCGGGCAGGACAUCAGGGAAAUGCAGGCGAAAAUGAAGCACCAGACGUUUUUGAGCACAGCGCCGGUCGUCGACGUAAGCAGUCGACCGAGCUCGGCUUUGGAUGGCCUAUUGUCACCGAAUUAUGAAAAAUAUCACAGUUUCCCCGAACGGAUAACGGAUAUGACCGAAGACGAACAAAAUGAGCCAUACGCGUAUCUAUUGCAGCCAGCUUCACAGAAAUCGAACGUCCACUUUGCAGUGGAUGUGGAUUCUCGGGAACAUACGAAACUUCCGCUGACACAACGCGCUAUUUCACCCCUUCCGAUCAGUAGCGCGAUGAAGUAUAAGAACGACAGUAAUUCGAAUCUCUUUGUGAAUCUAGUUACACCGAUUCCACCUGUUCAUACCAGCCACAGUCUCAUUGGGCACAACAUCCUGUCCGUGGACAUUUUCAACAAGGAAAUACUGAAAGAUCUCUUUCAUAUCGCGGAAUUCUUUCGCAAUGCUAUCAGAAAGGAACGGCGACUGGAUCAUAUUUUACGAGGAAAACUGAUGGCCUCGAUCUUCUACGAGGUCAGCACGAGAACUUCUUGCAGUUUUGCCGCUGCUAUGGAGCGACUUGGAGGUAGAGUGAUAUACAUGGACAAGUCCACGUCGUCGGUGAAGAAAGGAGAAUCUCUAGAAGAUUCGGUAGCAGUAAUGGCUGGAUACGCCGACAUCGUCGUUCUUCGACAUCCAGAGCCAGGCGCAGUAUCGAGAGCAGCGCAACACUGUAGAAAGCCAAUGUUGAACGCUGGCGAUGGGGUCGGUGAACAUCCAACGCAAGCGUUGCUGGAUAUCUUCACGAUACGGGACGAAAUCGGCACGGUGAACGGGCUGACGAUCACAAUGGUUGGGGAUUUGAAACAUGGCAGGACAGUGCAUUCCCUCGCAAGGUUGCUGACGCUGUACAAUGUCGAGCUACGUUACGUGUCCCCCCCUGGCCUUUGCAUGCCAACCCACGUGGUGAAUUACGUGUCCGAACGUGGAAUACCUCAGGAACGGUUUUUCUCCCUCAAAGACGCGCUUCCCGACACGGACGUCCUUUACAUGACGCGCAUUCAAAAGGAACGUUUCACUAGUAAGGAAAAAUACCAACAGGUUUGCAGACACUUUGAGAUAACGCCACAAUUCAUGUCUCUAGCAAAGAGGAAGAUGAUAGUGAUGCACCCGUUGCCUCGUGUUUUCGAGAUCAAUCCGGAAUUCGACGUGGACCCGCGUGCCGCUUACUUCCGGCAGGCUGAAAAUGGCGUUUACGUUCGAAUGGCGCUUUUGGAAAUGGUCCUUAGGCGCCCCUGAUUCGUUCAAGAAUCG